AUAAAUGACAUACAAAACAAUAUAAAGCAAUUUUUCGUUGCAAAAACUACUGUCCACAGUUAUUAUUUUAGUGUAAGAACGAACUUAAGCGUGAAUAUUGAAAAACGACGGUGGUUCUCAUUAUUGAUAAUCAAUAUGUUAUAAACAUGUACAUAAAUUCGUUCAUUAAGGAAAUAGAAAUGUUUUGUGAAAUUGUUUUUCUCGUGAUUAGGCAUUUUAAAUAGUUGGCGCAUUAAUUUCAUUUCAUUUCGUUAAUCGAGAUGGAAUUGAUAGGAAAGUUCCCCCUCCAUUGCGAAACUUGCAAUGAUAUGCUGAUAAAAUUAUUUUGAAAUAGGAUUAUGAAUAAACAUAGUAGAAUUGAUGUUGAUGUAGCUAAUUUUUCUUUUAUUUUUACGAAAAACCAUAGUUUCAGUUUUUCUUACGUAAUACGCAAAAGUAAAAGAUAUUUAAUUUAUCAGAUUUUAUGAAAACUAACAUCAAAAUCUCGCUUGACUCGUGUUUUACAUAAUAUAUAAUUUUGCAAUAAAAUAUAACUUAAUGUGAAACAACCUUUUUAUUGACUACAUAUCGAUAGUAUCUAUUAUGACAUCCAUUGUAUCAUUUUAAAAACAGGAAUAAACAAUUAUGAGCCAAUUUACAAUAUUAUGUUUCAAACAAUCCACAAUUUCAAGUAGAUAUUGGCUAGAGAGAUAUUUGAAACAAUAUUUAUUGCAUCAUGCAAGAGUAUUCUCCAAUGGAAUUAACAACCGUCAUAAAAGUUACAUCACCAAAAGAGAAAAUGUCAGUAAAAGUAAAACAUUCAAAUUGCGAGUACUUCAAGACAUUAAACAAACUAAGCGAAAAGUGAAAGUAAUUAUUGAGAAAGAAAACAUCUGGACAAUACCAAAUUUUCUUUGUGUGGGAAGAAUUUUAACAUCACCAUAUUUAAGUUACUUAAUUUUAUCACAAGAUUACCAGAUAGCAUUGUCGCUGUUAAUAAUUGCUGGGUUUAGUGAUCUAGCAGAUGGAUGGAUUGCACGUACAUGGACAUCCCAAGCUUCUAAGCUUGGUAGUUUUCUGGAUCCUGUUGCAGAUAAGUUACUUGUAGGUACAUUGUUCCUAUCUUUGGCCUGGGUAGGAUUGGUUCCUAUUCCUUUAACGUGUCUUGUUGUUGCAAGAGACAUUAUGUUGGUUUCAGCUGCUUCUUACAUAAGAUAUCAAUCUUUACCUCCCCCAAAAACUUUGGCCAAAUAUUUUGAUCCUACAUAUGCAACAGCACAAUUGGCUCCAACAUAUAUAAGUAAAAUUAAUACUGCUAUUCAAUUGUCCUUUGUUGCUGGAACAUUAGCUGCACCUAUCUUUCAUUUUGUAAAUCAUCCAGCUUUAAAAAUUUCUUGCUAUAUAACAGCAUUAACAACAUUAGCAGGUGGUGCAAGUUAUUUGAUAUCAAGAAACACGUAUAAGUUAUUAAGGAAAAAAACUUCAAAAAAGUCAUCUCAUUAAAUGUAUGUAUUAAUGACCACAA